GUGCUCUGCCCAGGACUACCUAAAGAAAAACACAAAGAAAGACAUUGAACAGGCUUUCAAAAUGCUGGUGACAAUGCUAACAACCAUGUACAUGUUGGUGAGAGUGGCUGAACAGCUGGGCAUUCGAUGGGUACGUCAACAGGAACCUCUUCCGUAUGUGGUGUCUCAGCCUCUGCCGUGGCAGGUCCACAGUGUCUCCCAUUCUCGGAAAGGAAGUCGUUCAGAGGAGUUUGAGGGCCAGAGAAGGAACAGCAUAGGAGUUUACAGAAAGCACUCUUCAUCCAGUAAUGGACACACUGGAAACUCUGCCGAGAAGGCGGCGUCUACAAUUCAGAACCAGUACAGGAAAUACCAGCAGAAGAAGCAUAAAGACCACAAAUGAAAGGUCAACCAGGCUAAACUGUCAGCAUUUGAAGUGUCCAUUCCACGCUGAUCAAGACCCAGUAUUCUCUUGUCUGAACCUUAUAACCCCAACAACUGUCAACACUCAAAACUGGUCUCCAUCAAUGUUAAAGUAUGACUUCUGUGAGCUACACAGUCACAUAUUCUGAUUCACAGAUAGCUGACACCUGCACAAACACAAACGUCCAGACAAUGACAAACAUUUCAGACCAUUUGCUGAUAAAAGACGCCACAAACUUCAGACACAAACACUCAGAAGAUCUUUAAGAUAAAUGCAGACACUAUGUUCACAAAACACAAUAUAUAGUAGAAUAUCACCUGAACAAAGUGAGGACAAACCAUAGACUUCUUUAAUUUGUAUAUAAAGAUAAUUAUAUUUACUUUAGACUAACCCUAAAAAUCUCUUUGUAUUUUUAAGAUUAAAAGAUAUACUAAAAUAUAUUUAGUUUUUUUCUAAUUGAGGAUGCCCUUGAAUGCGGAGUUGGAAGGGUUACUUUUACAAAAGUAAGGGUUACUGUUACAGUUACAAAUGACUUCAUGAAAAAAGUAUUCGGUAACGUAAUCCAAGCACCACAAUAUGAAUGUAAUCUGAUUACUUUUGGAUUCCUUCAAGGUCACAAAUGUAAAUAAAGUCAAGUAAAAUGCAAUGUAAUCACAAUACUUUUCAUUUUUAAGGAUUUGAUGCAAAUAUGAAAUAUUUAAGAAAAUGCCAUGUAGUUGUAACUAUGCUGUAAUUAAAUGCUCUGCUAAUAUAUGAAACCAGAAUUUUCCGCAACAGAAAUGUUUCAGUAACAGAAAAAUACAGAGUACAAAUUUACAUUUUCUUUUUCCUCAAGCAAAUAUAAGAACAGAUGCACUGAAUUAUGUUAACAUUAAACAAAGCUAAAAAAAAUGUUAUUUGAAAAUAUUUUGAAUUUAUAAUUCUGUCAGGUAUUGCUGUUAGCAGCAUUUGCCAUACCUAAUAAUGACUUAGCUGCAUCUCAACCAGUGUCCAAGCAGAAUGAUUGGAGACAGGUGUUGUUUGCGCACGCGCCAGUAGGUGGCUCACGUGAGUCAUGACUGCCAACAGAACCAGAACUUUAAUCAAAUUUCAAUAUAGCCUUGUCAAAAUACUAUUUUUUUUUUUAACAAAAUGAAACUGUAAUCUGAUUACUUUGUUAUUGACGUAACUGUAACGAAUUACAGCUACCAUUUUUUGUACACUGAUUACAGAACACUGUUACAUGUAUUCGGUUACUCCCCAACCUGCUUGAAUGUCCCCAACAGGAAUUGUUGAAUUUAGCUCAAUUGUGCCCCCAAUGUAUAGCUAAAUAAACCCAAACAAACAUUUAUGUUUUUUUCCUAAUCUUUUUAGGUUAAUCAACAUUGUGUAACAUUUCUGUGUUACAGGUGGGUAUGUGCUAGUGGUAUUUUAAAAUGAGGAGGAAAAGUCCUCAGGUUUUAUUAUUAUUUUUUUUUAAUCAAAUGUAAAUUCAUGUCCCUGUUACACUUAAUGUUGUCACAUUUUCCUGGUUAAAUAAACAUUAGCUUUACAUAAA